AUGUCAUCUGCCCAUCACUUCCAUGACUCGGGAACAGACACCGACGCCGACACGGACACGGACACAGACACAGACACGCAGACGCACAGACACACAAGUACAGCACUCUUCUCAAUGUUGACUGGUGGAGUCGACAUGUCCGGGGCUGAAGCCACUCGCAUCCUUAGCAGCAGCGUGCAAAGGCAGCUCACAGGCGUCCUGGAGAUUCAGUUCUCUGACAGAGCCUUUGCAGCGUUGCGGACAGACGGCUCGGUGAUUUUCGUGCUCCUGGUCACGGCCAUCGGCAACAACUUCAUCUCCUUUUGUGAGGCUGUGGCGUCGAACCCUCUGUCCUUCCCUCACAUCCUGGCUGCAGAGCUACCGAAAGCCACGCACUUCUACAUGAACUUCCUGGUGGUCCAGUGGUCCACCCAUGUGAUCAACCUCCUGCGCUACAUCAACCUGGCGAAGUUCGUGGGCUUCUGUGCCCUUUAUCCGGAGGAGGAGGCGAAGAAAAGAGCUGAGCCUGAAGAUCAGGACUACUAUGGUUUCGGCUCGAGGAGCGCCCGGUGGACCAUCAAUCUGCUGAUAGGGGUGGUCUUCGGCACUCUCAACCCUUUCAUUCCGAUCCUGUCCCUCGUCAACUUCGUCAUCUGUCGAGUCGUGUACGGCUAUCUCAUCAUCUGCACGGAAACAAGGAAGCCAGACUUGGGCGGGAACUUCUGGGUCAAGAACCUGAACCAUGUGCUGCAAGGAACCAUCUUGUACACACUCCUGAUGACUGGCGUCCUGCUCGAUCGCUCGCCGAACUAUAUUCCGGGAGCAGUUUCCGUCACGUGCCUGGCCUACCUCGGCCGAUCGUACUGGUUCUUUGAGAAGCACUACCGGUGGCAGGCGAGGGAGUACACAGUCUACCAGUCACACGCGAAACGCACGAAACCCCCAAGCCAAGAAUUUUAG